UAAUGGCUAAAUUUUUAAUCUGAUACCUAGUGGCUUGGGUCCGAUUUGCAGUUAUAUCUGUUAUUGAAAUAUAAUCUAAUCAUGUUUUAAUUUGUAUCAUUUGUACAUGGCUGAACGUAUUAAUUAUAAAGAAUAGUGUAAAAGAGAUGUAAUGGAGACUGUUAUGUGUGGAGACAAACCGGAUCUAUUAUUCUUUGAUACAUUUUCACAUGAUACUAGUGAAGAGCUUAAUUUAGACCUUGUACAGUUUCCGAAGUCUGUGUAUGUGAGAGAAAUACGAAUUAUUCCCCUCGGUGCUCGUGUGGAAGGAGACUUCCCAGGUGGAGUGAGACUCGGUGCCACGAACCCCACAAAGUUUCACAUUGACUUCUUUGUGAAUGAUUUGAGCAAACCUGGAGCUGCUACAUUUGAGGCUCUCGGCAGUUUAGAUUAUUGUCAGAAUGGACAGAUUCAUAUGGAAUGCGGAGACAAUGCUGAGCAGACAAGAAUUCCUACAGACGGUCUUGUCCUUAGAGGCUGGUAUACAACUAUAACUUUGGCUGUAUAUGGUACCUUGACUCAAGUCUUACCUGACAAUGUCGCCGCUGUGAACCCACAGCCCAAUAGUCAGAGACCGGUCUCUAGAGAAGUGAGCGCACUACCCGCGAACGUGCCACAGUCAUCAGAUUGGAAUCCAGAAACCUCUAAUCCCAUACCAGCCUACACCAGCAAUGUCACCGCCACCAAUCCUGAAGCUUAUGGUGCGGGAAACUACCCGAACCCAGAGAAUUAUGAUAAUCAAAUGUAUAGAGGAGAAUAUUACGACAACGAGGCACCCAAAGACCCUCGUACAUAUCACCACAUAGACGAGAACGACUGGGAAAAGGAGAGAAGAGAUAUUAGUUGUGAAAGAGAUGGAGAUAGAAUGAGACACAGUCCACGAUCGAUGGAGUUGAACAGAGAGCGCCGGGAAGGACGGAGCAGGAGGCGCUCACUGGACCGUGGAUUGAGUCGAGAGUCUUCACGACACCGUGACAGAAGCAGAGAUGUCGACCGACUUGACAGGCUUCACUCUAGAUCGAGAAGUCGCGAUAGAGAUUAUGUUGGUAAAGGAGAGUACCGUCCUCUGAGCCGGUCAAGGUCACGCAGCUUAGAUCGUGACUGGGACAGGGGCUCGUACAAAAAAGAUGACUACCGUCGUCAUCGUGAUGCCUCCUAUGAUCGGUCGCGCGGUGGUUCGUACGAGCCGAGGUCACCGAGAGCCCCUUCUUACGAACGCAAACCUCCUUACGACAAAGGUGGUGCGUACGAAAAGAGGCUGUCGCCGUAUGACAAGAGAAGUUCGUCUUACGAGCGACGAGCUGCAUCCUACGACAAACAAACGCCGUACGAUAGAAGGAGACACUCCCCUUACAGCCGCAUGAGAGGAUCUAGUUACGGCAGUAGGUCGCCCAGUCGAGACGAUCCCAGGAAGAGACCUAGAACUCCACCCGUGGAAACCAGGCGGCCACUGUCACCCAGGGAAGGUGAAACGACGAGCCCGAUGAAUUCGGUUCGAUCUGAGGAAGGCGCUGAAUAUGACCGCGGUGACCGCAGCGGGAAGCAAAUUCCACGUAUCGACUUUUAUCAUCAGAGCUACCGACACAAGAGUUCCAUCAGGAGUCCCUCUCAGGAGGUCGAUAACAACUACGUUGAACUUCAACACUCCAGCCUAGUGACAGUUCCCAUCGUCGAUACAACGGUAGCUCCGAAACCCAUAGAAUCUCCGAAUCGCAAUCCCGAUGAAGAAAAAUCCAUGGACGCUGAGCCCUUCGAGCCCAUUCUGUCCGAUGAAGAUAUCUGCGAUGACUUGGACGGUAAUUCCUACAUGGAAGUUGAAUAUGACGUCAACGAGUACUGCGGAGUGGACGACAUCAUCAAAUAUUACAAUCCAUUCAAAGACGAAUGGAAGAAAUAUGAGCGCGUCAACCAAAUAUGCAGGCUGGCGGAUGUCAGACGGGGCAGUGUCAAAGACGUCAUGUCAGCCAGCUUCGAAGAACUGUGUGAUGCCAGCAGUGAUCUGUUAAAAAUAUCAGAGAUCACGAAUGCUGCUAAGAGAAGGGAGCAGAAGUUUUCGACGGAUACGUUUUUGGAAAUCGAUAAUUCUGCGCGGGAAGAUUGGGUACAUCAAUGCGAACAAUUGUUCGUGUCUCUUAUAAAUUUAUGCAAAAACACCGACAUAAUACUGCGAGUCUUCCGCACGGAUCGAUCAGAUUCAGACGAAUUUUCUGACAUGUAUCACCUCCUGAUCACAUUCUGCAGGAUCGGUUUAAACUUCGAUUUCGUGCUGUCUCAACAGCAGCCAACCUAUAAGAUCCGCCACAUGAAAUGCGGGAUCCGACUCGCCGAGGCUUUGAUGUGUCACGAAUACAGCGGCCGAGUCAUGAAGACGUUGCUGAGUUCCGGGAUUGACGUUCCGUUACAACUGCUGGAAAUGUAUUCCAAGGAAUAUAUGGCGCUGAGUAUUCGCCUCAUGAUAUUAAAAGCUUUAAGCGCCUGCCUUUCCUCUAAAGAGGCCGUCGAGCAUUUCAUGCGAGAUGCCAUGUACCCUAAGUUCGAUAAGAACGAUGAAAGUCCCAGAAAAGCCAUGAACGGUUACCAAGCUCUCAUAGCCAUGAUAAAGGCCAACCCACUAGGGAGGAUCAAAUUUUCCGUUAGUUCCCUCCUGAAGAAACUAAAUAUUUAUGAAGUUCUGAUGAAACUGCGUGUUCUCGUGUUUAACUUCAAUAAGGCCGCCGCUGAUAACAAUCACUCCGACGACUCCGAACUGUCGGAGAGCGAUGUAAGCUUCAUUGUGGAUUCCUUUGACGAAAUUCUAAACAUGUACAGAACUCAAUGCUUCCAUUUAUCUCAACCGAAAAGGUUCCUGCCUGUGGCUGCACAGUUUGAAAUAAGCAAGGAAUGUUCAAACGAGACACUCCUGCAGUUUUUUGACAUUCAUAAAGUUCUACAAGUUUGCUUAUACUUGCUGACCUGUCCGUCGACUUGCAACAAUCUGGUCAUCACGAGUCCGAUCCACGAUCUUAUAUUCGAAUUAGUCAAUUCUCACAACGGGCUCCUAUUUCUGUACAAGAAUAUGGAAAUGAGUGAACUGUUAUUUAAGGUUUUGGAACAACCGUUCGGUCAACAGACGAGCGAAGAAACGGCGUACCCUCAUGACAGCACACUUAGUAGUUACAGUGACCUACAAAUCGUUGGACUCGAACUCGCCUAUAGGCUGAAGGCGAUGUACUACUUGCAAUCGAUUAGUGAUGUGCAAGUCGGAAAUAAUGAUGAAUACAAAUUGAUAGACAGACUACAAGCUUUAUACUGCCUCAGCUUUGGAAGCAUCGGGAAGACGGCCGUGCCGAGUGUUAUAGUUAUGGGAAACAACUCGGAGUGUCUCAUGGAAGUGUUCGAGAAUGAUCUGAAAAGCAAAAACAAAAGCGAGUCGCCAUCAAAACAGAAGUCUCCGGCAAAGGGCUACGCUAUCGAGCUUAUCGUAUCGGCCGUGAGAUUUGCUGCAAAUGUUCCAUUCUUGAAGAAAUACGGACAAAGAUUAAUAAACGUGUCAAAAGAACAUGACAGAUUUGAACCGAGCGUGUCCAGUGUACUUCAAGAAGUCAUUCCGUACUUGAAGCCCGUGGAGAAACCUAACGUCCUUUCGGGAGAAGACCUCAGCGAGUGUGUCGAGAUCUUGAAGGCGAGUUUAGAACAUUCGUCCGAUUUACCCGGGGAGCUGAUGACUUGCCUGAGAAUAUUACGACACUUUUGUAUAUCCGAUUAUGAAAAAAACGUUUCCAUUGUUUGCGAAAACCCGGUGGAGGAAUAUGUCGAACUGAAAUACAAGUAUAAUAUAUUACAAUUGUUUUCUUUGGACGGCGUCGCCCAUAUUUCUGGUAUCUUAGAUCGGCUCGCUACUCAUUUCGAUCAACCAAGUAUGCACACAUCAUUCUUCGCUUCGGUGAGAGGACUUCAGUUGGCCCAGAUGUUAUUACCUUGUUUGAGUCUCUUAGACGAGAUGUUAGCGAGAGUAGUUCGCUGUCGAGGCCCUAGAUUUAGAGAUUUAACGGCGGCACCUAUAAUAUUGAAGACUUACGGGAUAGCCAAAACCUUUCCAGUCGGUUCUAUCGGCUACCGAACUGCGGCCAAGGCUGCCGAAGCGGCGGUGAGAGCAUUACUGGCUUACGCCCAGCCGAUAGCCGACGACGCCAAUGACGGAGAUUCAAUACGUCGUGGGCCGUGGACGUCGCUCUGUUCCGAAGUUAUUUCCUACACAAUGACCGCACCUUACACAUUCGUUCCCGGACUUCUCAUAUUUUCGGAACUCCUGCCGCUGCCGUUGCCGAUGCAAACGAAGCUCCCUCCCACCGACCGAGAGCUGGCCGACGCCUCUAACGAAAGGCGGCUGUGGUCUGCUCAUUUACACGCCUUGUCUAAUGACUUGACGGACAUGAUACAGGUGAUAUGUAUGUCCACGUACCGCCCGGUCGUGCACAUGCUACGGAGAGUGUGCGUUCAAAUCGCAGACCUGGCUCCGAACACGGCGGCCACAGUGGCUCGGGCGGCUGUUGGUGCUGUCAUGAGAGAAAUGAAAGAAGAAGACCCGCCCACCGCCAGCCUCGCCAGAGUCUUGGGAUUCUUGGCAUGUCUCGUGUCACACGCGCCAGUCAAGUGUGCCGUGUUGCACGCUAUGAGCGCCGGAGGUCCCAAAGCUAGCGAAGUACAAACGGCGCUUUGUAAUGUUUUCAACUUGUCAAACUCGUCGAACGAACACGCCGCGGCCCAAGAGUAUGCUGCUCAUGUGUUAGCGGCGUUCUGUGACAUUGAAAUAACUUUAACUCCUCUCACAGCUAACAUCGAUAGCGUUCUCGCCAAUUCAUUACCCACUAAAGACGCUCUUACGGCGUUUUUAGACGCAACGGCAAAUUGUCUAGAAUCUACGACGAAAACCUGUUCAGUGGCCUCGUCGGUAUUACGCGCCUACUACGUCUUAACGGAUCACGAAUACGGGUUCCUGCAAUUUAGAAAAUUCGUGACAAAGAGAACGGAAGCCCUCGGUAAAUAUUUUAAGUGGACGACGGAGAGCGCGGGAGAAGACAGGACGGACUGCCUGAACCUGUUCCUCGACUUAAUAAAGAUACUGAGAGUUGAACACGGCGAGGGCCCGGGCGGGAGGAGAAGCGUCCUUACGCUUAGUGAGAUGGCAGACAUGGUCGGAUACACGGCGUCCGACAAGGAGCAUCCGGUCAUGACACUAGAAAAAGUUCUCAAGGAAAGGAACUCCGAAGAAGACGCGAUAUCAAACGCGACCUUCUUGAUCUCGAAUCUGAAAAACCUCGCGGACGAAGAGCUCGGGACUUCCCCGGAGGUCUCGGAAGCUGCGACGCCGGCCCCCGAACCCUUGGUGGCUCAGUUUGCGGCCCGACAGAUUUAUUGUAUCGGAGAUUCAAGCGACGAACGGCUCACCACCAGCUACUGGCUGAACGUGCCCUCCGCCUCGCUAGAAGACGACGUCAAUGAUAACGAACUGGUGUCGUGCGACAUCGUGGAGGUGGCGGGCAGCCUCCUGUCCGGGGGCAGCGAGUCCCUGGCGGCCGGCGUCAGGAGGCUGGCCGGCUGUCUCGAUACCAGGCCCGAGGCUCUGCCCGCCGACGACAAGAGACCUGCAGUCGCUCUGAGUCGCGUCCGUGCCGAGGGCGGCGCGGACGCCUUCCGAUCCCGUCCGCCCAACACAUCCCGCCCGCCCUCUCUACACGUGGACGACUUCACCGCCCUUCACCAGCCGUACGCACCAGUACAACGGGCCCCGCGCCGCUCGGUGUCGGAGCGCGCUCGCUUCGCGCCGCACGCUCAUUACAGACACCUAGGUCGCGGCGCCUGGGAGGGAGGUCAUCACUUCGGACACUUCGCAGCCUCUCACUACGGCAUGGGCGGCGCGGGCGCGGGCUGGUGCGGCGCGCGUGCGGCUCGCCCGAGACAUCGCUCCUUCAUGAGGUGAACGAGAAGUUUGUGAUUGGGAUUAUGAAAAACGGCAGUAAUAAAUAUCAUACGAUUUAUCUCAA